AUGGUGCAAACUAGCUUUAUCAAUGGCUACAUCCGCCGCAACACGCUGAUUCCCAGCUCUUUUCGACAAUUUCCUCACACGACGAAUUUUUUCACAGUGGCUGCUCGAGUGAACCUGGGGAAUAUUCUGCGUCGGUCUCUGGUACAAUUGUCACCUGGGAGACUGCGCAUCAUGGCGCCGCCGAAGCAGGCGACUUUGGGGAAAUUUUUUGGUGCGAAGAACCCGGCACCGACGCAGCAGACGAAGCUUGCGUUUGCGACGAGACCUGCUGUGGGGGAUGGUGAUGAGGAUGUGAGUGCGAAGGAGAAUACGGAUCCGGAUCAGGAUUCGAAGAAGCGAGCGAGGGUGGCUAGCAAGAGUGGUGCGGUGAAGGUCGAAGAGGAUGAGGAUGAGGGUCCUGUGUCGAAACGCGCAAGAAGGAAUCGAGUCAAGAUUGAAGACGAUGAGGAUGACGAACCUGUGAAGUCGGGUGUCAAGAAGGAGGAAGAAGAUACCAAGGACGUCAAGAUCAAACAGUCGAUUGAGGAGGCUCCCAAUCAGGAAGAAGACGUCAAAGAUGUAAAAAUCAAGAAAAGGAGCCAAAGUCCGGAUUUGGAUCGCAAACCUAGCAAGACUCCAGACGAAGAGUUUAAGGAGGAAGCAGCGUCGGAAUCUGGCUCUGAAGUGGAAGACGAAAAACCAGAAGUUGCUGCAAAAGCGAGGGAAAAGGUGCAAACACAACUCAAGUCCAAGACGGCGAAGCACCCGUAUCCGGAUUGGAAACCAGGUUCUCCCGUUCCCUACGCUGCGCUGUGUCAAACAUUCUCCUUGAUUGAGAUGACGACGAAGCGAUUGAUAAUCAUGGAGCACUGUUCGCUGUUUCUUCGACAAGUCAUGCGACUUACUCCGGACGAUUUGCUCCCCACGGUUCUGCUUAUGAUCAACAAGCUUGCUCCGGAUUACGCGGGCAUUGAGCUUGGAAUCGGCGAGUCUCUCAUCAUGAAGGCUAUUGGUGAGACUACAGGCCGUAGCUUGCAGGUCAUCAAGGCGGAUCAGAAGGAUAUUGGUGACUUGGGGCUCGUUGCCGUCAAGAGUAGAUCGACACAGCCGACUAUGUUUAAGCCGAAACCGCUUACGGUCAGAGGCGUGCACCAAGGUCUGAUGAACAUUGCUACUGUUACGGGGAAUGGUGCCCAGGGCCGAAAGGUUGACGGCAUCAAGAAGCUCUUGUCUGCGGCGGAUGCUCACUCUACUGUCAAGGCUGACAUUACGAAAGACAAGGGCGGUCCGAGUGAAGCCAAGUAUAUCAUUAGAUUCCUCGAGGGGAAGCUGAGAUUAGGACUUGCUGAACGGACGGUGCUGGUUUCUCUUGCGCAGGCUAUUGUCUGUCAUGAGGCCGAGAAGAAGGGCAAGGUUCCUAGUACCACUGAAAUGGAGAAUGGGGAGUCCAUUCUCAAGACGGUGUACAGUGAACUGCCUAGCUACGACGCCAUCAUCCCCGCUGUACUGGAACACGGCAUCAUGAAACUAAGAGAAUGCUGCAAGCUGCGUCCCGGUGUUCCCCUAAAACCUAUGUUGGCGAAGCCCACCAAAGCCAUUACCGAGGUCUUGGACCGAUUUGAAGGCCAGAAAUUCACCUGCGAAUACAAGUACGACGGUGAACGAGCGCAGAUUCACUACGUCGCCAAGGAUUCUGACCAGGAAUUGAGUCAGGAAACGCUGGGCGCUGCCAGAGAAGCUGCCGAUGGAGUGGCGAGCAUCUUCUCCAGAAACUCGGAGGACCUUUCCAAGAAGUAUCCCGAUAUUCUGGCCAAGCUGCACACGUGGGUGAAGAACGACACCAAGAGCUUUGUGUUGGACUGCGAAACCGUCGCGUGGGAUGUCUCUGAAAAGAAGGUCCUUCCAUUCCAGCAACUUAUGACACGAAAGAAAAAAGACGUCAAGUUGGAGGAUGUGAAAGUCAAGGUGUGCGUAUUCGCUUUUGACCUGUUGUACUUGAAUGGUCUGCCUGUGGUUGAAAAGCCACUACGAGAACGACGAGAGCUGCUUCAACAGUCCUUUGCCCCUGUUGAAGGAGAGUUCUCAUUCGCUACAUACAUGGACGGCCAGGAACUCGAUGAAAUCCAACUCUUCCUAGAUGAAAGUGUCAAGGCUUCAUGCGAGGGCCUCAUGGUCAAGAUGCUAGACGGCACAGAAAGCGGAUACGAACCCAGCAAGCGUAGUCGAAACUGGCUCAAGGUCAAGAAAGACUACCUCGCCGGCGUAGGCGACUCGCUGGACCUCGUCGUCCUAGGCGCAUACUACGGCCGCGGCAAACGCACUUCCGUCUACGGCGCAUUCCUCCUCGCGUGCUACAACCCCGCAAACGACACCUACGAAACGGUCUGCAACAUCGGCACAGGCUUCUCCGAACAAGUCCUCGAGGAGCUGCACGCCCAGUUAUCCGAGAUUGUAAUCGACCGCCCCAAACCAUUCUACUCGCACUCCUCGGGCGGCCAGCACCAGCCAGACGUGUGGUUUGAGCCGCGCUACGUGUGGGAAGUCCGGACGGCGGACCUGACGCUCAGUCCAAGGUACAAGGCUGGCUGUAAGGAGGGCGUUGAUCCGGCGGGCGAAAAGGGGAUUAGUCUGCGGUUUCCGCGGUUUAUUAAGAUUCGGGAUGAUAAGAAGGUGGAUGAGGCGACGAGUAGUAGGCAGGUUGCGGAGAUGUAUAGAAAGCAGGAGAGUGUGACGAAGAAUAAGGGCCCGUCGGUGGAUGAUGAUUUCGAGUAUUGA